AUUCCAUCUGUUACAGUUAGAUCAAUACAAGGUGAUUUUUAACCUGAGUCGAUUUCCUUGUGUUUAUACCUGCAUGUUUCCUGUUUCAUGGCCGGCUAUGCAUGACAACCCACAUAGAUAUAUUACACUGUACGAGUCUUGUCAUUAGAAGGAAUGGGAGUUUUUGUUCUGUUGUAAACAAACGUGUAAUGAAGCCUUAGAGACACAAAGAUGUCGAGGGGACGUUUGGACCAUUCUCGCUCAGUGAACAUUCCACCAUUACCAAAGACAAAAGACCAAUUAAAGGAAAAAAACAGGAAACUACGCAAAGAAUUGGACACCCUUCGUCGGCAAUACCGAGAUAACGUUUACAGUGUGAUAGAAAACCUAAAGAGACGGUAUAAUGAAACAAAAACAGAUCUCACGCCCAGCUACGAAAAACUGAAACAUUUGAUUAAAGAAGCCACGAGUGAUGAAGUUCUAGAACGAUGCAGGGUACCAGAACACAAGCAUUCUGUACAAAACAAGGGUAUAGACCACUCGUUUAACCAUAAUUCUAGUGCUAAUGUAGAGCUCCACAUUAAGGAUGCAGUAGCGGCUCGAUAUGACCAGCGUAAAGGAGGAGCUGCUGGAUUUCUCCAAUCUUGUCGGGAGUUUGCGGGGGUGGGGGAGAAUCACAUACAACAGAGAAGACGAGAGGUUUCGGUGAUGCACAAGGCUGAGAUAGCAGACGAGAACGAGGAACUGAAGCACCAUAUACAGUGUUACGACAGCAAGUUUUUACGAGCACACAACAGACUGAGUAAACUCCGACAGGAAUACGCCGAGUCCAAACAGUACCUACCUCCAAAACGAUACCGUCUGCUCAAGGAGAUGAUUGAGACCGUCGUAGAAGACAGUAAACUUAAACCUGAUUGAUUAAGGAGUCACAUCUUAGGGACUGUUUUCUAAAUUGGCAUUUAUAAAUCUACUUAUGCACUGAUGGUGGAUAAUCUGCUUUGUAUUAUUUUUGUAGAUAUAUUGUUUCAUUUUACAUUUUAUUUUCUAAUGAUAUUUGCAUGAGCUGUAUUUAAUGGAUGAUUGACCUAAAUCUGUUACAGUGUAAAUCAGAUCUUAUAAAUAGCUAUUAUUUAGGUAACAUACAAAUUAUGAUACUUUUAAAUUAAAGCCUUAAUUAAUCUGUAUAUGCUGAUCUAAAUAUAGCACUAAUAUUUCACAUCAUAUUCUUCGUACAUUUGAUUAAUUCUUAAGUAGAAAAAAGUGUGUAUACUGUGUAUAAAUGUACACACCUCUUUACUUCUCCAUUUAUAAAAACUUUAAAAGUGUUUCAUUUAGCUAAAGUAAUGGAGGAACAGAACUGAAAUUUAACUACUGUAUAUUCCUUAUUUUUCGCAAGUUCUUAUUAUCACGAAAUGGCCAUUUAACGCAAAAAUUACAAGAAUAAUAAUUCGCAAAUGGACGGUUGAUCAAGAGAAUUUAUAUGGAUUUCAGCACCAUAAAAAUAAAAGCGAGUUAUUUUAUUUAGAGAGUGAUGCUUCUCGCGAAAUUACGCGAUAAUUAUUUCCAUAUAAUUAGGAAUUUACAGUAUCUUCCUUGUGUACAUGAUGAAACUGCUCAAUGGCAUACUUAUAAAUUAAGAUCUUGUAUUAAUUUUAUACAAAGAAUAUGUGCCUUCAAUGCAUAAAUUAUGGCUCUACUGUAGUUGAAUCUCAGAAAUGAAAUAUUUAUUUGCAUAUCAUGUCCUUUGUUUUGUUAAUGUUGCUAUUGCUGUUGUUGAAAUAAACUACAAUAACAA